AUGGGCGCAUUUGUCGUGCCGCGUGUUGGUGGCCAGCAGCUGCGCGAGGGGUUGGUGCAGCUAUUUGCAGGGGCCGACCUCCCGUUUCGACUUGUGGAGAGCCGCGAGUUCAAGAGAUUUGUCCAGAUGCUGAACCCAGGAGCUGCGCUGCUGCUCGGCUCUCGCCAUCACUUGGCACGCGACAUGCAGGCAUACGGGGAGGCUGCUAGGGAGGACUUGCGGCAGCUAUUGGUGGGUGAUGGCGGCGCGGGAAGGAUGUCCCUCACCUUUGACAUCUGGACCGGUGAGAAUGGCCUGGUUUUCAUGGGGGUGACCGUCCACUGGAUCACCAGCGACUUCCAGCUGAAACAGGCUGUUAUCGACUUCAGGGAGCUGAAGGGCUCUCAUACGGGGGACUUGAUAGCCAAUGAGCUGGAGAUGGUGUUGAGGGAGUGGGGCUUGGAGAAGAUGCUGUUCGCCGUGACUUGCGACAACGCCGAGAACAAUAGCAGGGCGAUGCGGCUGCUGGCCGGUGUACCUGACCGCACGCCGGGCUCACGGCCGCGGCACCCUCCACUGCUCAGUCGCUGGAGGCACUUCAUGUGCGUGGCGCACGUCGUCAACCUUGCAGUGCAGGCUGCACUGAAGGUUGACGAGGUGGCCGAGCCACUCAAGAGGCUGCGAGAUGUGGCGAACUUCAUCGGCUGGUCCACGCUGCGUACAGAUCGUUUCUUCGAGAUGCAGAGGGGAUACGCGGCGACCCGGCCCCAGGGUCCUCCGGGUGCGCGGCGAGCAUCGGGCCCGUUGCGCUUGAUCGUGGACUGUUCGACGAGAUGGGGUUCUACACUCGACAUGGUGAAUAGGGGCUUCGAGCUGCGCAUGCCCCUUGCCAUGUAUUUCGAGGAUGACGAUCCAUCCAUCAGCACGGACACUCGAAAGGCGAUGGACGCCAUCAAGUUGACGGAAAAGAACUGGGAUGACCUCGCCGAGCUCCGAGACUUCCUCACGCCAUUCCAGCAGGUCACCCUCUUCGCCGAGGGUUCCCUAUACCCUACCCUCUCAGCCGUUGUACCGCAGUACAACGCGCUGAUUGAUCUGCAGGAGAAGGCACGGCUCACUCCUGGCAUCUCCCCUCUGCGCACAGCGUUGAUCACUGCUGCUCUGAGCAAGCUGGAGCGACACAUGGGGGGUGUGAGCGAGGAGGCAGCUAUAGCCACAUUCUUGGACCCGCGCCAGAAGCUCGCACCCUUCAAGCACCGAGCGAGGGCAGCGGAGGGGAAUUCGAGAGCGGCAACACUGGAGCUAGGCCCUGAAAGGGUGAAGGUUCUGGUACGGGCGCGCCUGCCAGAGUACCAGGCAGCCAGCACCACGGCACAGGGCGAUGGUGGGGAGGUGACUAGUGCGAGGGGUGCAGGGGUGCAUGCGUCGGCAGGGGGCGGGGCUGUGGAUGCAUCGGCAAGGGUCAGCUUGCAGUCUCAGCUGUUCGCAGCCUGGGACGCCAUGGAGGCAGAGGAGGCGGAGGAUCCACAGGAUGAGGUGGAUCAGUACCUCUCAGAGGGGAGGCAGAAGGGUGGAAGCGCCUUGGAGUAUUGGCGCAGCAGGGAGACCCUGAAGGGCUUGAGGGCGAUGGCUCGCAAUUACCUGGGGGUACCGGCUUCGUCAGCAGCGAGUGAGCGCGCAUUCUCACAGGGCAGGAACAUCAUUACGUGGCAACGGCACCGCCUGGCAGCUGGCCAAGUGCGCACUUCCAUGCUGAUUAAGACGUGGCAGGACCACCACCCUACGGGGACUCUCGCUCCCAGGGGCACCUCAACGGCAAAUCCCACCCUGGGAGUGGAGGAUGAGGCGAGGGGGCUGUGA